AUGGAGAAGACCCGGCAUGACGUCGAUGGACAUGCGCCCGCGGAAGCGCCGAGGGACAUGCAUGUGUUCAAGCUGCGCUGCAAUGCAUGCUGGGAGGUCCUCUGCGGAGCGAAUGGACCCCAAGCAUGCUACCGGACCUGCUGCAGCCACAUCUUCUGCGAGCGCGAUGCGAUGAAGCAUUUCCGCGAUGGCAACCUCAUCUGCCCCGCUUGUGGGGAAGACCUCAGCCAGAGACAGGGAAGCGUGUGCGAAAUCACCGUGAAGAGCGCGACGGGACCGCGCCGUCUCGAGAUCAUCUGGGAAGAGAUGCUUGCCGACCCCGUAUCCUGCAUGGCGCAAAUCCAAGAAGCGAUGCGCUUCCUCAUGGUAUUCCGUCAAAGUGUGUGGGCAAUGUUCAUGCUCGCGACAUUAGUUCCAGCAAGCCCAAGAAAACUACCGACAAGUACGUGUACCAAAGUCUCUCAUGGUGAGGCUCUAACGACGGGCAAGGAACGCAUCCACAACGAAUUGAUCGACGAGCACAAGGAGUACCAGCAACAGCACGGACAGCGCUACUUGCAGAUGAAGAGCUACACGGAGAAACUCGAGGAAGAGAUCGGCGAGCUCAAGAACAAGAUGGUCGUGCUCAACAACACCAUCGAAGAAACGCGCGAGUCGUACAAGGACAAGGCGCGCGUGUGCCGCAACUACGAGAAAGUGAUCAAGGGUAUGAAGGCGCAACAAGAAGGCAACGGACAGCGUGUCAUGACGGCACAACCUUCGGGCCGAAUGCCCCUAAACGUUGCGCCGUCGCCCAAGUUUGCCAAGAGCAUCUCGUCAAUGCAGUCGUCGUCGCUUCGCCAGCACACGUUCGAUCAGCCCGCAACCACGCAGCAUCCAGCAUUUGCCAUGCAAAACGAGUCGACCUCAUCUCGCUACGCUUCCAACGCGAUGGCACGCCCAAGCUCGUCCUUUCGCGGCAACUCGUCGUUCGCACCUCCGCCAAGCAAUGCCGGGGGCAUGCUCACGCGCUCCAGCAAGAGACUCGUGCCGGGACUGCCGCCUGUGGCCAACGGUGACGACGACUACGAUGUGGGUAUGGACGACCCCGCGCUCGCCGAGGUCCCCGUGACGUUUGACAAAUCGGCCGUCGAGUCUAUUAUCUUUGACUCGGGCAUUGUGCUUCAGUUUGCACAGCACGGCGUGGAGCUCGAGGAUACCCUUUUCUUGCAGCCCGAUUUAUGUACGCUCGACGAUUGGCACCGCGAAGUCGACGAGCGCGUCCAGCCCAACGCCCUCGAGCAGCUUUCGGACCGAGAGAUCGACGAUCAAAUCACGUCCCUCCUCACAAGCAUGGACCCCAAAGAGCACUACUUGAACGCUGCCGAGUACUACUUGGAUCAUCCCAAGGAGUACGCAGCGUUUUUCAAGACGCCGCUGGUCGUCCAAUCGUGCCACUACCUCGGCAUUGACAGCAGCGCGAUUCCACACCGGUCGCUCCAAUCCUUCAAGCGCCAGCCCGACAGUGCCGAGGCUGUGCCCGACUUGGUGCUCAAGGCUCGCUAUGAUGCCUACCGCCACGAGUGUCAACUGUGCAUCGCCAUCAUCUUGCAAACGCAGCAGCUCAUUGCCGCCAAGCUUCAACACGGUCAAGUCGACCCAUUACCACCCGUGGUCCAGGCCAAGCGCAAGAAGCCCCGGACGCGACCGGUGGACGAGGUGCAGCCACCGCGCGUAUACGACCACGCCAAAAACCGGGAAGAGCUUCAGCGCAUGGACAUAAUGAAGCACGCCAAGCUCCUCGAGAAUGCCGAGCGAUGGAAAGAGACGCAAGCCAGCAUCCACAAGGCAUCGGAUCGCCGCGUCACGGCGCGAGAGGCGGCCGAGCUCGCAUUCAAGCAAAAGGAGUUUGAAAAAGAAGUUAAGCUCAAGAGCUACGAUGCAGUCGCCGAGCAAAAGACCCGGCGAAAAAUGAUCCUCGACAACUUUCGCAAUCAUACGCCGGUGCAGCUAAAACCCAACAUGAAGGAAGAAGCUCGGCUCGUCAAAGAACUGCACAACUUGGAUCUGGACGAGCACUUGCGUCGAGCGGCGCGUAUCAAACACGCUCACGAGUACCGCAAGCAGCACGUGCUCGACAAAUCCAACAGAAAGCUCGAGCGUCUACCACCGCGCGUUGGCCCUGGCAGCAUCUCGAGCGGGCCACCUCCCUCGCGCUAG